AUGGCUACCAGCGUGUGGCAUCUCAAGCGGUUCUGCGACGGCAACAGUGAGGACUACGAGGAGUUCGCCCUCACCCUCGCAUUCGAGGACGCCGCGCCCGGCGGCGCGGACGCCGGUGGCGGCGCGGCGCCCGCGGCGCAGCGGGUGGUCGGGCGGCUGGAGCCGGCUCAGGGCGACGACGGCGCGGGGACGCUUCCAGACAGCGCCCUGGAGCUCGACGGGCAGCUGACCAAGGUCGCCCUCCGCCUGGAGCACCGAGACCCCCACGGCGGCGAGCUGUGCGUCUACCGCAGCGAGCGCUUCGUGGCCGAGGGGGACGGGCAGUUCCGGGGCGUGUGGAUGUGCGGCGCCAGGACGGGGCGCUUCGCCGCGGCCAGGCGCAAGUCCUCGGAGGAGCCCCGCAAGCGCAAGUCCGCCUGCCGCCGCAAGGCCGACGCCGAGAUCAAGAGCAAACGGUUCUUCAACGAUUUGAAGGACGAGUUGCUGAUCCUGGACAGGCUCGGCUGGACGGAGAAGAGGUGGAAGGAGGAGUCCAAGCUGGAGAAGGGCCGCGCCAUCCUCGGGGAGCUGCGGCGGGAGCUGGAGGGCAUCCAGAGCCAGCUCGGGCUCUGCUUCCACCCGCACACGCCGUGGCUGCAGCGCGUCGAGCGCGGCAUCGCGGAGGCGCGCCGGCGAGGCAGCACCGACCUGUUGCGCCAGCUGCGCGCGGUGGAUUGCGGGCUGGCGGCACCAGCUGGGGACCUGCGCAGCGACUGGCACACGCUCUUCGAGAUCCAGCGGCACUUCUGCGCGCUGCCCCCGUUCCGCGCCACCAAGUACCUGGAGCCCUCCAACGUGCGGCACGCUCUCCGGUGCGCCGAGGUGACGAACCGCGCUAUCUUCGAGGGCAGCGGCCGAUACAUCGGCGGCGCGCGUCAGCUGAGCGCGCUACGGCUGCCUCGCGGCGCGCCUUGCGCUGGAGCAAGGGACGGGUGCGUGCCCGAUCUGCAGCGCAAGAUCAUGGAGGAGCUGAGGGGCGAGUGCAUCGCUGGCGACCUAGGCGUGGACGAGGCCUUCGACGUCCAGAUCCAGCUGGUCAUCCGCGCCGGCUGCUCCGAGUUCCUCUGGGAGCCGGGGGCGGACGUCCAGCUCCGCUGCGACGACCGCGUCUACUACGAGCAGGCGCAUAUCUGUAGCGAGGAGCGGCGGCAGCGCUACUACCGCAACGGGCGGAGCCCCGCCGAGAUGGCCAGGAGGCUGAGCGACUUCGAGGCCCUCCUCACGGGCGGCAGGGAAGACCAGGCGAGGAGGACUUCGAGUUCGUGGAGAUGA